AUGCUGCCUCGUACCUGUGCUGAUGACAAAGCCUCACGCAGCGGCCACAUAUGCGCCCACACGCUGGUCCGCAAACGAGGGCCAUCGAACGCAGGCGACCAGGCAAGCAAGUGCCAGCGAAAACACCAAAGCGACCCCGAGUCCGAUGAGCCAGCACAGCCCGAUGUGGUGAUGAGAGGGAUGAAGGUGGGGAAGAAAGGAGGGGGGAAGGGUAAGAAAGGGAAGAGAACAUGGAAAACGAGCACCCAGAAAGCGGCGGAGGACGCCAACCAGCCCUCUCCCACCAAACUAACGCCGGCCAAGCGGAAGCUUGUCGAGAGCGGAAUGGCUGUUGCCCCCCUGGAACGUGUCCGGGAUGCCAGUGCAUCCCACAUGCCACCCCCGCCUGCUAUCGUUAGUGCGAGGCAGUGUUGUCCUGACGACACUGCCUCUGCAAAGGAGCCACGCAUGGGUGUUGAUGCCCAUAGCAACAGCUCCGAAACGAGUGGCGAGGGUGGUAGUGGUGCCAGCAGGAACAGCAGCAAUGCCAGCGACGAUGACAAUGACAGUGCCGCCUCCGACUCACCUGAGGAAGAAGCAACCCACGACAAGGACGACAACGAGAGUGGGGACGACAACGACAACAAAGAGAACGGGGACAACGACAACGACAAAGAGAACGGGGACGACAACGACAACGGGAACACCAAUGACAACAACAACAACAACGGGGACGAGCGUAACAACGGGGAUGACACCAACAGCGACACCAGCAGCAGCAGCAACAGCAGCAACAAUGAUGACGGCGACAGCAAUGGCAAUGCCAGAAACACCAACACCACCAACCUCACCCAUGUCAACACCAAUGCCGCCCAUGCCAACGACAUGAUUGCCCAUGCCAGCACCAACGUCGCCUAUGCCAGCACCACCCAUGCCAACGUCGAACAUGCCAAUGUCGAACACGCCAACGCCGCCAACGCCAAUGCCACCAACGCCAACGUCACCCAUGCCAACGCCAUCACUGCCCAUGCCGUCCAUGUACGUGUGAACCCAGCAACCCCUCAACGUGUCCGAGGCAGUGAAACUUUGACCACUGACCUCGGAACUCAGUUGGUUAUGAUGGAUGGGCUUGAUCCUCUUCGUGAUCAAGAUGUUGAUAUGGAUGUUGAAGGGAGUCCCCCAGCUCUAGGCUCUUCACGUACAAUGGGGGGUAUUUUGCGUGGAAAGGCAUUGGGAAAUGCCUUAAAUCAUGCAGAUUUUCCCAGACUAGACUCAGGCGACCAUUUCUUUGCAGAAAGUGCUCAAGUGAACUACAAAGUGUUUGCUUAUCUGGUAUACAGUGACCCAGUCAAACUGAGUGUCAUUCCUGAUCCCUCCCUUCCUGCCAACACAAUUUUUCAUGUCUUAACCAUUCCUCCUCUUGAAUCUGCAGUUGUUCUAAAGAAAGUUGCUAAUCGGCUUGAGAGUGUCAAAGAGGGUCAUGUUUUUGUGCAAUCGAACCUGUCUGGUGCUUGGCAGUGGAAUUUAUUAGGUCGCUAUGAGCAUGCUUUGGCAGAUAACGAAAGUCUUGAAUCCAAUGAAAAUGAUGAAUGCCACAUUCUAUUUGUUCUUCUUACCCCCCUUCGACUCAUGUUUCUGGUCCAUCGUCUCACUAUGCCUUAUCUGAAUCUCGGUCCUGAGUCUAUGUCUUGUCAUGCAUUUUCUGAGUCUCAUUCUCGUUCUCGUCCUGAUUCUCCUAUGGAUGUCUCUGCACCAUCUGGUUCUAAAUGUAGUAUUGAUGAGAAUCUGCUCGGUAGACUCAAAGCAGCUGGGCUGACAGUUAAUGAGUCACUUUGCUAUGACACAAACCCCACUCUCCAAGUUAUGUAUCAACGCUACACCCACAUCUAUGAGCUUCAGGGAAAAAUCAAUGAUAUGGUUGCUGAACACAAGUGGAAGGCUCAGUUUGGAAAGUAUCCAAACAAAACUGAAGUUAUUGGACUUUUUGUGGCGAAGACAACCUGGCAUAAUUCCUAUGCCAAAGUCUUCCCCAUGGUGGAGGGUUAUGAAGACAUGGUAGCUUGGUUGGAGGGUGAUCCUGAUGCCAAAUCAGACCUUGAUCUUUGGGGUGUCACAAAGUCUAAAUACUCUAUCACAGACUUGGUAGAAUGGCUCAAGAAGCAGAAAGGCAAGAAAGUAGGCAAGUCAGUGACGAAAUCCACUGCCAAAUCUCCAAAGGGUCUAAAGGAGAAGGAAAAGAUUCAAGGGUCUCAGUCAGGGGCUGGGGCUGGGGCUGGCAAAGGAAAUCAGAAAGGAGUGAAGCAGAAAGAAGUAGAGUCUGAGCAGGCUGAUAACAGGAAGAAGAGUCAUAAGAAGAAGAAGGUCACUGCUAGUGGUGAUCAAGUACUCUGGAGGCUUCCAACUCUCAUAACUGUUUCAAUUUUGCACUUGUUUAUGGUUCUACAAAUGCUCAGCCCCUUCAUGAUUCUGCUGUUUUUGUGCCCUGGUGCCAAUGCUAUGCAAAAUCAACAAAAAUUUCCAGACAUUUCAUUCAAAGUGUUCAAUGAAUUUAUUGCACAAAACUUCAGCUCAAAAAUCACCCUUGCAACUGUGUUGAUAUUUAUUGAACUUGCACCGACACCAGCAAAAUCCCCAACUUUCAGAUGA